AUCUGAGUGUACCUUCACCACGUAGUUAAGACGUGUGUGUGGAAAUUGCGUUGUGACGGAACUUAUGUGGACGUUUAAAAUUGUGCAAAACAAUCUCGCACCCUGUUGAGGCCCUGUUGUAAAACAUACAAACAGUAUGAAUAGUUAGUAUGUUACUAACCUUGAAACUGAUAACAAUGUUUAUUUUGAUAUUUGACGAUAAUGGCGCUUUGCUCUGUUCCAGAUCCAGAUUACGUUCCUCAUGAAGUAGCACCAUGUGUAGCUGCACAGCCCCCUGUUGGAGAACAUGAUCACUAAACAAUUUCUCCAGCAGGCUACUGUAUACUCGCCGGUCUUUUUGCAAUGUAUAUGCGGGUUGGUUUGAACGAGCUGUAAAACUGGGACAUUUCAGGGGACAGAACAACAAAAACCGGUCUGGCCACCCUAUUUUUCAAACAGUUCUGACCAAGUCCACUCCACAUUUGGAUUGACAGCCGUCACAACCUCCUAGUGACCGUGUUAACUCCUUUCUUUUCAACCAUUGGAUAGGAUUUAAAAAACGGCUGUUGGGAUGUUACUUCUGUCAAAGCGCUGAACCCCUUAAGUUCAGUGAUGGAACCCAGAGAGAAACAGGCUGCAGCAUCUUCAAAUUCCAGCAUUGAUGUUAUGGUUCUGGAAUCACCGUUUUCUGACCUCAGUGGUGAGAGGGACGAUCUGAACCAGGUUCAGUCUGGAUGUGGAGUUUGUGAUAAAGUUCUGAGAGAUCCAGUCUGCAUAAACUGUGGACACAAUUUCUGUAGACAGUGCAUCAGUUUCUCCUGGGAUCCUUCCAGACCAUUCGACUGUCCUCAGUGCAUACAGAGAUCCAGAAGACACAGAGUCAUGAGAAGAUCUGGUUCUGCUGAGUGUUACACACAAGUAGCCCUGCAGGAGGAGACUGAAGACUUGCAUAAACCAGUAGAUGAUGUACUACAGAGAGUCAAAGACCAACACAAAACCAACAUGAAGAAAAAGUAUGAGAGAUUAUUUGAGGGAAUGAAACUCCAAGAGAAUGAAACCCUCCUGAACAGAAUCUACACACAGCUCUACAUUAUAGAGGGAGAGAGUGAAGGAGUGAAUGAAGAACAUGAGGUUUUACAGAUGGAGAAAACAGCCAGAACACAACACUCACAAGACACGCCAAUCUACUGCAAUGACAUCUUUAAAGCCUCAUCUGAGCCAGGAUGGGUGGAGAAAGACCAAAUCAAGACUGUUCUUACUAAAGGCAUCGCUGGAAUCGGAAAAACCGUCUCUGUGCAGAAGUUCAUUCUGGACUGGGCUGAAGGAAUGGCGAAUCAGGAUGUAGAUUUCAUGUUUGUGCUUCCAUUUCGAGAGCUGAACUUGAUCCGAGAUCAUCAGUACAGUCUUCACAGACUUCUGCUGGACUUUCAUCCUGAACUUCAAGAUCUGGACUCAAAGAUUUAUGAGGAGUGUAAAGUUGUGUUCAUCUUUGAUGGUCUGGAUGAAAGCAGAAUCACACUGAUGUUUUCAGAUGCUCAGAAAGUUUCUGAUGUGACUGAGACUUCAUCAGUGGGUAUGUUGAUGUCAAAGCUCAUGAAAGGAAAGCUACUUCCAUCUGCUCUCAUCUGGAUCACCUCCAGACCAGCAGCAGCCAGUCAGAUCCCCUCCAAAUACAUCAACCGUCUGACAGAAAUUCAGGGAUUUAAUGAGCCUCAGAAGGAGGAAUAUUUCAGGAAGAGAAUCAGUGACGAGCAUCAAGCCAGCAGAAUAAUCUCACACAUCAGAAGAGCAAGAAGCCUCCACAUCAUGUGCCACUUACCUAUAUUUUGCUGGAUCUCAUCCACUGUGCUUCAAAAGCUAAUGAAAGAAGAUCUGAGUGCAGAAAUACCUCAAACUCUGACUGAAAUGUACAUCCACUUCCUACUGAUCCAGAUCAACAUGCGGAAUCAGAAGUAUGAAGAGAGAGAUCCGGAAAAACUCCUGCAGUCCAACAGAGAAGUGAUUGUAAAACUUGCUGAAGUGGCUUUCAAACAGCUGAUGAAGGGCAAUGUGAUGUUCUAUGAGGAGGACCUAAGAGAGAGCAGCAUAGACAUCACUGACGCCUCAGUGUAUUCUGGGAUUUGCACUGAGAUCUUUAAGGAGGAAUCUUUGAUUCAUCAGCGGAAAGUCUACAGCUUCAUUCAUCUGAGCAUUCAGGAGUUUCUUGCUGCUUUUUAUUUGUUUUACUGCUAUUUAACAAAGAACAAGGAACCUCAGAAGCUUCUGGAUGCAAAAUAUAAACAUGAAUAUGACUUUGAAAGUGACUCUGGCUCUGAAUAUGACACCGAUUCUCUGUAUGAUCUACUAAGAUCAGCAGUAAAUAAAGUCCUGGAGAGUGAGAAUGGAGAGCUGGAUCUGUUCCUGCGGUUCCUGCUGGGCGUCUCACUGGAGUCCAAUCAGAGACUCUUACAGGAUUUACUGACACGCACAGAGAAGAGCUCAGAGAGCAUCAGGAGAACCACACAGUACAUUAAAGAGAAGAUCAAAGAUGGACAUGGACUCUCCACUGAAAGAUCCAUCAAUCUGUUCCUUUGUCUGCUGGAAGUGAAAGAUCAGACUCUGUCCAGAGAGAUUCAGGAAUUUGUGAAAUCAGACAAACACUCAGAGAAGAAACUCUCUCCUGCUCACUGCUCAGCAAUCGCCUACAUGAUUCAGAUGUCAGAAGAGGUGCUGGAUGAGCUGGACCUCAAGAAGUACAAGACAUCAGAUGAGGGUAAAAGAAGAUUGAUACCAGCGGUGAUCAAUUGCACAAAAGCCCUUCUUGCUGGCUGUAAUCUCACUGGCCAGCACUGUGAACCUGUGUCAUCAGCUCUUCAAUCCUCAAACUGUGUCCUGAGAGAGCUGCACCUGAGUAACAAUGACCUGCAGGAUUCAGGAGUGAAGCUGCUCUCUGAUGGACUAAAGAGUCCAAACAGUCAGCUGCGGAUACUGAGGCUGUCCAGCUGUAAUCUUACUGCUCAGGAUUGUGAAAUAGUGUCUUCAGCUCUUCAAUCCUCAAACUGUGUCCUGAGAGAGCUUGACCUGAGUAACAAUGACCUACAAGAUUCAGGAGUGAAGCUGCUCUCUGAUGGACUAAAGAGUCCAAACUGUCAGCUGGAGAUACUGAGAUUACCAUGGUGUAAUCUCACUGCUCAGUGCUGUGAAAGUUUGGCAUCAGUUCUACAAUCCUCAAACUGUAUCCUAAGAGAGCUGGAUCUGAGUAACAAUGACCUGCAUUCAGGAGUGAAGCUGCUCUCUGAUGGGCUAAAGAGUUCAAACUGUCAGUUGCAGAUACUAAGGUUGUCUGGCUGUAUGGUGACAGAGGAAGGCUGUGGUUAUGUGUCUUCAGCUCUGAGUUCAAACCCCUCACACCUGAGAGAGUUGGAUCUGAGUUACAAUCACCCAGAAGAUUCAGGAGUCCAGUUGCUCUCUGACAAACUGAAGGAUCCAAACUGCUCACUGCAGAUAAUCAAUAUGGAUUAUGGGGGAGAGUUCAGAAUUACAGCAGGACUACAAAAAUAUGCCUGUGAUCUCACACUAGAUCCAAAUACAGCAAACACUUGUCUCAUUCUGUCUGCUGAGAACAGGAAGGUUACACGUGUGUUUGAGCAUCAGCCGUAUCCUGAUCAUCCAGAGAGAUUUCAAGUUAUUCCGCAGGUUCUGUGUGUUGAGAGUUUGACUGCACGCUGUUACUGGGAGGCUGAAUGGAGCGGACGUGCUGGUAUAUCCGUGACAUAUAAAGGAAUCGGCAGGAAAGGAGGGAGUGAAGACUGUGUGUUUGGAUGGAAUGACAAAUCCUGGAGUCUCUACUGCUCCAAAAACAGAUUCUCUGUCCGUCACAAGAACUUCAAUAUACCUGCCGUCGCUUCACGCCGCUCUAAUAGAGUAGGUGUUUUUGUAGACAUUUCUGUUGGCACUCUGUCCUUCUACAGCGUCUCUGACACACACACACUCACACACUUACACACAUUCAACACCACAUUCACUGAACCCCUCUGUGCUGGAUUUGGGGUUCAUUUGGACUCUACAGUGUCUCUGAGCGACAUUAAACUGCCUCCUGUGAGAAACAACAGUGAUGCACACACCACCGGGUGAGUGAAAUAUAUUGUUUUUAAUGUUUUAUUGAAAGAUUUUUCCAGAGUGUGACUAAUAGUUCAGUGUUAUAUCCUUCACUAAUAACAUCCAAAAUAAUAUGAUGGCAGAUCUUCUAAUUUUGAUAAUUCCUCUCUAAUUCAGGAUUUUACUUUUUAAAUACAUGUGCAAAUUUGAUUCGUAUAUGGCUGUGUAUUGAAAAGGGCACAUGUAUACUACAUGGAUACUUUUUCAACGUUUUUUCGAAGUUGUAAGAUUAUUGGAGUAGGUGUUACAAGAAAAUACAUUUGUUGGUAAAAACUCCAUUCUAGCUUGAUUUUAGGUAAUUGAUAAUACAGUAGUCAACAUUUAAAGUGGAUCAAAACCUUUCAUCAAAGUCGUCGUAAAACUUUCUUCUUAGGACAACUUAGUUCUUAGGACAAUGUAAUGUAUAAAAUUCGGUAGACAAAUGUAACAGCCCAGUACCUACAAAAAAGUCCAUGGGUGCAAAAUCUGAAAACCCAACAGGAAGUGAGAUAUUUUGAAUUUUCGCUGCAAAAUUCUUGCAGUUUUUGCCAUUUCCAGAUGUUGUAAUUUAACAAA